UGCGGUUUUUAUUGGGCAGGGUUGCAAGGCAAAGGCAGACCUCCGUUGUAAAUAGACGCAGCGAUCAGGCCAUGCAGUGAAUACUCCCUUUAAAUCGGAUCUCCAGGGGAAAAUAAAGACACUGGAUACUUUUACCAAAUCGCCAUAUGCCGUGAAACAUUGGAUUGGAUUAAUUUGGUAAAGAUGUAUCGCUCCCUGUAUGCUUUUCGACCCACGGAGCCCAACUCGCUUCAUUUCGCUGCUGAAGAAAGCUUUCUAAUCCUUGAAAGAAGCAAUAAACACUGGUGGCUCGGGUCGCGCUGCAGCACUGGCGAGACCGGGUACAUCCCGGCGUCUUACAUUGAAAAAAUCCAGGCUCCAGAGAAGGAUGAUGUGUUGCAGUCCAUCGACAGAGCCAUCGAAGGCGUCCAUAAUGUGGCCAUGAAAAACGAAGGGAAAUAUAAUUUGGAGCAACGAGAUGUGCUACAAAAGCUGAUCCACCACAGGAAAGAGACUCUGGCCCGACGAAGCCCGGUGCCAUCCUGUCACAAGCAGGGCCUCCCGUCCUCCAACAGUGAGAUCUCCCUCAGCCAAUCCCCUCAGCCGCCCAACGGCCUCAACCCGGGCUAUGGGCGCCAGGGCAGCGUGCCGCUGUCAGGGAGCCUGGACAACAUGCAAGCAGACCAAGGCUUUUAUGUCCCGCCGCAGGUGCGACGGGCCGCCCCCGUGACUCCGCCCCCUUCCGAGAAGCAGCUCGCCGGCCGACGCCCAGAACCAGAUGUUCCCUCCAGGGUGUCCUCUCUCCCGCCGUCCCCUUGCCCCUCCCUCUCCAUAAGCUCCGCCUCUCUUAACUCUGGCUCCUCCCACUCGGUGGUCUCGUCUGACGUGAGCCUGCCCAGUGUCGCCGGCAGCACCCCUCCUCCCCCCGUGCCGAGCCGCGUGAAGCCCGCCCUGCCGGCUCUCGAGACCCCGGCCCUGGACGGACCCCCCCCCCAGCCGGCUCCCGCCAGGAAGAGCCCGGCCCCGCAGCCCCCGUCCCCCCAGCCCACCACCCCCCAGCCCUCGACCCCCCAGGCCUCGACCCCCCAGCCCUCGACCCCCCAGGCCUCGACCCCCCAGGCCUCGACCCCCCAGCCCUCCACCGCCCAGCCCACGGAGGACCAGCCCGAGAGCGAAUGGCCCAUCGCCCCCCCCUCCAUCGCCGAGAGCCCCCCCGGCAGCCCCGGCGCCUCCGAGCCCGUCCCCAUGACGACGGGGGCCGAGCUGAUCGAGCUGGUGCGGAAGAACACGGGCCUGAGCUACGAGCUGUCGCGCGUGGCCGUGGGCGUGGUGGUGGGCCACCUGCAGACCACCCUGCCGCGGUCGUCCGCCGCCCUGGAGAAGGUCCUGAUGUCGCUGGUGGAGAGCAAGGACCAGAGCGCAGCGCUGCCCCAGGGCCAGGUGUGCCACGACGAGCAGCGCCUGGAGGUGAUCUUCAGCGACCUGGCCCGUCACCGCGACGACUCCCAGCAGCGCAGCUGGGCGCUCCACGAGGACCACGCACUCAUCUCCUGCUACCUGGAGGAACUCCUCAAGAUAUUGACUGAUGCGGAUCCAGAGGUGUGCAAGAGGAUGUGCAAGGGGAACCACUCGGAGCCAGUUCUUUCACUAGUGUCAUAUUAUCAGAUGGAACACCGCGUGUCCCUGCGCCUGCUGCUCCUCAAGGUGUUCGGGGCGAUCUGUAGCCUGGACGCCUGCCUCAUCUCCACCCUGCUGAACUCCAUCCUGCCCAUGGAGCUGGCAAGGGACCUGCAGAGCCCCACACAGGAGCACCAGAAGAUGUGUUACACAGCGUUGGUACUUUCCAUGAUUUUCUCUAUGGGCGAGCAAGUGCCAUAUCAUCACUAUGAACAUCUGAAUGCUGAGUUUGUGGAGUUCCUGUUGACCGUGGUGGAGGAGGGGGUUCCCUCUGACCCCACGGAGCAGCUCCCUGACCUCUUCCUGAACCUCCUGCUGGCCUUCAACCUCCACCAAACCGUGCCUAGUGCCAAUGUGAUAAUGCAGGAGUUGAUGAAGAAAAAUGUGAAAGUACUUUCGGAAAAAGUACUGCUGCUUUUAAACCGAGGCGACGACCCCGUGUGUGUAUUCAAACACACCCCACCUGCCCCGCAUUCCGUUCUCAAGUUCCUGCAGGAUGUGUUCGCCAGCCGGGAGUCGGCGGACAUCUUCUACCGCACUGACAUGAUGGUGAUGAUUGACAUCGCCGUCCGACAGAUAUCUGACCUCUCCCCCGGAGACAAGGUGAGGAUGGAGUACCUCUCCCUCAUGCACUCCAUCAUGCGCUCCACCGACUACCUGGAGCACCGCCACCGGCUGCCCGACCUGCAGGGGGCGUUGCAGAGGAUUCUGGGAGAGGAGGAGGACGAGGAGGAGGAGGGGGGCUCGGUCGACGGCGGCGCCACGGCGAAACAGAUGGAUAAGCUAAUCGUGCAGGAGAUUUACAGGGAGUUCCCCCAGCUCAGUGAGAGCCACAAGUAACCACAUCGCCAUCGUUGCACCCGACCCGCCAGCCUGCUCUGUUUAUCGCAUCAGGUCGUACGAUCCAUCCGGAAUACAGAAAGAAAAAUAGAGCUAAUGUAAUGGUGGAUCAAUUUUAUUUUUUGUUUUUGCCAAUUUGUCCUUUCCCAAGGCGGCUUACAUCGGCACAUCGCUUGUGAUGGCUGGAUUCGCAAAAAAAAAAUAUGGUUCGCAAUUUUCCCGCUUGAUAGGAAAAAAGUGAAUGCUGAAUAACUGGAGGAUAAUUGGAGAUGAAUAAUAUGUUGCAUCCAUCGUGCAAAUGCUUGAAUGGCUCUCUUUAUUGGAAAGUGAUAUUUAAGAGCCUCGUUGUCUUAAUAGAGUACUGUAUGCUUGAGCUGAAAAGCUAAAAUAGAAAAUAUGUUAUAUAAUGUGUCAAAUGAAUUGCAAUGAAAGCUUUUGAGAGUGUACCCACACAGUUGGAUAAUUGCGUCUGAACAGCAUGGGAAAGAAUUGGAUAUUAAGUUUUUGAUAGUUGAUGUGAGGAAGAUAUUUUCUUGAUUUUUUAUUAAUGUGGAACUGCUGCAAUAAGGCUGCUUACUACUAACUCAUACUAACUCUGCCAUAACCUAUUUAAUAUUGGCAGUCACGGCAACCAGCAACUACCAUUGCUUUCGAAAAGAGAUUUGGAUGCCAAGCUUUCGAUGACAUGAGUUAUAAUGCCCAAGCAAUCAUUGGAGAACCCUGUGUUUUUAUCUAUGAAUAAUAUGUGGUACACAACACAGGAUUCAAUUGUAAUUACUUGAAUUAUAUAUGAAUAAUGACAAUAAAGCCAGAACAUUUGUUACAGCACCACUUCUGCAGACUGAACUGCUUCAGCAAUUAGAUCAUAUCUGACAUCAUUCAUUGGUAGAGGUCCUGUUUUAGAUAAUAUGAUGGGAAAUGUGAUACUUCUUACGGAUAAAUGCAUCAGCUAGAGUUACAAUUGUACAUAUCUGUUAUCUCUAUAUUUUCUAAUACCUCCUAGUAUUGUGUCAAUCACUCCUUAAAUCGACUUAACUUAUUUUUGUCCUUGAUAUAGCAUUUUCUUUUGGAAACUAAUUGUGGCAUUACAAACCCCUACAUUGAUAUCUGUCUAGUUUUCACAAAGUUAAAUGUGUGUGUUGAGAUGAGUGAGAGUAAGUGGGUACCUACAUGGUUGCUUGUGUACAUUGUAUGUUUGAGAGAGGGCUCGUUCGGUGUUUGUGUUCACCUUUGUGUUUACCUGGAACUUGUUUACCUGGAACCACUGUUUAACUAAUAAAAUUAUAUUUUCCCAAUACAAA